AUGUUUGGCAGCCUCGUGGGCGAAGCUGGGGAGAUGCUCAUGGAGGAUGAGGCAAAGAACCAGCGACAGGCCCGACGGAACUUGCGCAUCCGCGGCCUCCUAAAGGGGCGACGGGAUGCAGCGGAGGACGUGCUGGGUCCCGACACUUUGGGCGAAGUAGCACCCAUUACAGACAAGCUGGAGCCAACGCCUACAAAGGCACAGGACGAAGUUUCCGAGCUUCCCCCCUGGCUGGUGUACCGCGAUGAACCCUCAGAGGUCAGCCUUCGCCUCCAUGAGGAGUUGCUGGAUUUCGCUGCUUUUAUGCGGCCAACCAUCAUCGAGUCCGCAGCUCGGGAUGCUUGGACGCACACUCUGCAGCAAGCCGCCGUUACCCUGUGGCCCGAAUCUCGGGUACAUGUUUUCGGUUCCACCGCAACCAAGCUGAACUUGCCCAACGCAGACAUUGACGUUGCCAUCGUCAACGUGGAAGGCCUGAGAGCAACCACGGCUAUGAAGAAGCUGGCUGAGCUGCUUUUAGAGCGCGAGGAGGUGAGCAAAAUCGAAAUCAUCCAGUCGGCAAAGGUCCCAGUGAUGAAGGUCCAGCACCGAAACACGGGGCUGAUGGCCGACAUUGUCGUAAACAGGACGGAUGGCCUGGACACCGCGCAGUUCAUUAGCGAACAAAUGCGGCUAUUUCCUGAGUUGUCCCCGCUGGUGCUUUUCUUGAAGCUUUUCCUCUCACAGCGAAACCUGCACGAGACGUUCAUGGGCGGGAUGGGCUCCUACGUGCUCGUGUGUGUGGUACUUUCCUUUCUACAGCACCACAAGUCUGCCCAAAGCGCGCACCUGCAUUCGGUGACCACUCUGGGCAACCUGCUGUUGGACUUCUUCAGGUACUACGGGCAAGAGUUCCGCUAUGCUGCGACUGGAAUCUCGGUUCGAGAUGGCGGCUCUCUCUUUGACCGGGCCAAGCGAGGCUGGACUGCAACAACUCGGUCUGGCCAGGCAACUUUGUGUUUAGAGUCGCCAACAGAGCCUUCUCUGGACAUCGGUGGUCGGAUAUUCAAGCCAGUCGGCGUGAAGUAG